GCUGCAGUACAACGACAUUCAUCCGUCCUCAUCUGGUGAGAUCGGCCAACGACUCUCUUCUUCAUUCAUUUUUAUACGAACUGAAAGUCCCCCUAAUAAUCAACCGCUUAUCAAUCCUAUGGUGGUGUUAGCCCUCAAGAAGGGUGACCUUACCCAUUUUCUUUACGAAGCAUCAUCCUCUAUUCAUAUAUCUUCUUUAGUUAGCGAAAUAUGCCAGAUAUAUAAUGGAAGGUUGAAGAUUCUUAGAAUUAUCGAUCAUAUAUCCGAAUUAUCGGCUCAUGGUUUAUCUUUACCUCCAGAGAUGCAGGGCUUAACGGAUGAACAAAUAUCAGAACUUAAACUUAUAGACGAAUGGGGCGAAAAGUGCAUACCUUCCGGGGGCUUUAUCUACAACAGAGACGAUCUAGGAAGAAGAAAUGGGAAAGCACCUAACAAAAACAUGGUGGAUGUUUUAAAACGAACACAAGAUGAGGCCAAGUCACUCAUCAGCAUGGACCUAGUAAAGAAAAGUAAACCUCUUAAGAUGGUCGAUAUAAAUGAAGCUAUUAUGAUGCUCAAUGGCGCACUUACGAUUGUUUAUCCAAUGGGCCUCCCACCACAUGAGCCAAUUCGUAUGGAGUUUGAUAAUAUAGAAGAUCUGAGCGGAACGCAGGCAAGUAUGGAAGUCAUUCCUCCCAAUGAGUGUACUUUAUGGUUUUGCGGCAAAGAAAUGCUCUCUGCGAAAUGCCUAUUCGAUUAU